AUGGCGAAGCCGGUGUCCACCGCCACCUCAUCCAUUGUCCAAACCCUAAAGCGGUACCUGAAGAAACCGUGGGAGAUAACGGGUCCAUGCGCGGACCCGGAGUACAAGCUCGCCGUACCCGGCGCGCUCGAGUACCGGCUCGAAUGCCCGGCUUCGACCCAGGUCAAGGCCUGCGUGCCCACAUCCAACCCGGAAACCGUAUACGAUAUCAAGUACUACGCCCGGGACCAGAGGCGCAAUCGGCCCCCCAUUAGACGCACCGUUUUGAAGAAGGCUGAUGUCGAGAAGCUAAUGAAGGAGAAGAAGACCUUCGACGUCUCAGAUUUCCCUCCGGUUUACUUGACCGAUGUUAUUGAAGAAGACUGCAACGCCCGAGGCGGAGGCUACCAGAAAUGA